AUGAGUGGUGCAAAGGUUUCCAUACUCUUUGUGUUUCGGCCUUUCUUUAGGACAGGAGGAUUGUCUUGUGUACAGGCAGGUGCUUAUAGGCUAGAGACUUUGAGAUGUACCCUCAGGUUAGGCUGGGAGUUGGUGGGUAACAAGACGGGACUCGAUUCCGCACCCGGCUGGCUGUACCCCUUCCUGGGCUGGUGACCCCCUUGCACAUUUCCCUCUAUACCCCUGUUGCUUUUGAUUUAUUUUACUAACUGUGCGGGCGAAUGUAGUAAAGUAGCCGUGCUUCGCCAAUAUGAAAAGG